AUGAUUCGUGGACGUAUAUUUGAUGGGCGCGGCUUCAUUGGUUUUGCGGACCGGCACCUUCUCGUGCCGUUGCCAUUUGCGGCUAUUACUUUUACACAUCAAAUCAUUCAAUCGGAAGCGUUAUGGAGCAAAAACAGAAAAACUCUGUGGCAGGUAAACACGCAAUCUGCGGGGCUUAACAUUUUGUUGUGGAGUAUACUCACAGUUGCUUGGACAGCUGUGUCCCGGCGUCAUGGUCCACGCUGGAGCCGCAGCUAUCGCCUGCUGUUGUGGGAUUACCGCCGAACUCGUCGGUGCUGUGCGAACAGAUAUUUACCCACUGCGUUUGGUCGUAUAAGUGCAGACUUAGAUUGGUACAACGUUUUGUGGACGGUGAGUGUCUAUCAUGUGUUGUGGGGGAUGUUUGCCGUCAUGGUGGAGCGGGGAUUCGGGGCGCAUUAUGCAAUGUUUUAUCGCGAUUGGCCUUAUAGUCGCUGGUGCUCCCCACGCUGGCGGGAGUGGAGAGAAUUGGAGGCAAUGAAGUACAUUAAUACGGAGCAGGUUGUAGCGCCCAGUCGUUGGGGAUCUUUCAUUACCAAUGAUCGCUGGCGUUCAAGCAGCGUUUAA